UAGGCUGAUAGAACGGGUGUAUAAACGGGCUCCUCGCUGCUGUCGUCUUCAUUGGGGCUUGGAACGGUGGGUCGCACGUAAAGUCGGUACUUUACGCAUUCAUAGGAAUUAUUGGUUGACGGCGUGUUCAGGUGUGUGACAGGUGGGGAACCUCAAUCAACCGUAUUCAUGCAUAUCAUAGAGCUACAAGCUAACAUGGCGCUGAACCAGGCCCACGCCUUACAAAAUGACAAACAUUUGUGUAAAGAACAUCCGGAAGUUCAGCUUCAAAUGAUUUGUAUGAAGUGUAAAAAUGAACCUGUCUGUCACAAAUGUGUCUCCAACUCACACCGUGGCCACGAUUGCGUAGAUGCUGAUCUGUUUCUGAAAGAGAAACAAGAUGAAUUGGAGGAAACACUUGAAAAAGCGGCAGCGAAGCUGGAAGAUGUAGACGCUGAGCUGGGUGGGUUGAGGAUAAAAGAAGACCGUGUACAAAAACAGUGUAACACUGUGGAGGGUAGGAUUGGUGCCAGGCAAAAACAAGUCAAAGACUUUGUCGAUGGGGUCGCUGGGAAACUGAUCAGAGAAACACACGAAUUUUAUAAUGAAGAAGUUGAAGUUAUUUCUCAACAUGAGGAGAAAUUGAGCAGACUUAAGGCAGAACUUGAGAAACGACUUCUGACUUAUCAGGAAUGGCUCACUGCUUCUGAUGUUGAAAUGGUGAUGAAAAAACAAAAAGCUCUCAAAAAAUUAUUGAGAAGAAAAGUAUAUUCGGUACCUCUUAAAACAAAGCUGGAGUUCCCCUUCAACGAUCGUGCUGACACAACCAUGCAACUUGAAGCUAUAUUCGGAAAAAUUACAACAGAGAACAAAAAAGAAGAGCAAAUCGAAAUUAAAGAAUCUGGGGAAAGGAAGAUUCGAGAGGUCAGUGUUAUUUCUGAGUUCUCGAGUGGGGCCCCGGAUGUUUAUGCCAUGAGUUCGUCAAAAGGGGCGGAAGUUUGGAUGUCGUCCGUGUUUAGCCGACAAGUCCGUCUAAUGUCUGACAAAGGGCGAUUGUUAAAAACCCUCAAGGUCGACUUCCCAAUUUGUGACGUCAGCUGUGACUGCGAAGGAGAUAGCCCGACAAUAUGGCUGAGUUGUACAAACAACACCAUCAAAAACUUCCUCACAAAUGAUCCCAUGACCUUUGCUACAACGAAUACUACACCCUACUCGAUUACGUCAUCACAUCACCUGAUCGCAGGUCUCCGUUCGGGACAGCUCGUCAAAUUCUCUAAAGCUAUUUCGGAGAUCGUAGAUGUGGCCCAAUGUGACAGGUCUGGAGAGAAACUUGUGUCACUUCCUCACAGAAUCGCCGAGAGUCAACUCACAGGGGACAUCGCAAUAGUCAACUGGGAUGCCAAUCCCAACAGCAUUGUGGUUUUGGACAAACAUUUGAAUUUAAAGUUCAGACAUUAUGGAAGCAUUGUCACGUUUGGGGUUGGGGAGUACAAGCGACCAGAAGAAGCCGGUGAUCCAGGCGUCAGUUGUUUUUUCCACCCACAGGAUGUGUGUUAUGACAAGGAGGAUAAUUUAGUGGUAGCAGAUGAAUCAUGCGUGUUCGUCAUGGACAGCCAAACUGGCAAGGUCAUUGGUAAAGUAUUGGAUGGUGACGUCAAAAUCACGGCUAUGACGUCAGACAAAGCUGGCAACAUGUGGGUCGGAUUCUCCAACGGAAAAGUGAAAAUUGUUCGAUAUGUAAUUUCUUAAAACCACCAGAUAAGAAAUCAAAAUCAUUUGGUGUUGGGUUUUUUUUGUGUGAAAAGGAUAGGACGACUGCCAACAGUACAGUUUCCAUUUUUUACCAAACCUAGCUGAUGUACUCUAGAAAUCGAUUGUUACAAGUCUCUUGAUAAAUGAUAUUUCAUAUCCUUUCUUCCACAGACAUUUUUUAAAGUCAUACUUUGGGUGAAACGGGGCGUUGGAAACGCUCUCCGAUAUACCGUUUUUGCUAGAUACGUUAUUUUAAUUAUAUAAUAUACAAUUUGAUGUUCAAUAUAUAAGAUACCUACUCCCGUUAAAAUGUUUUUGAACGAGUUGCUAAGUUUCAAGGGAUUCUAAGUAAAAAUCACGAUUCCUUACACUGGAAAAAGAAAAACUUUGAAAAAAAAAACGCAAUGACAUACUCCAUAAAUUUUGAAUCAAAAUACAAAAGUCAUGUUUAGUUAUGUAACACUCAGCUUUAAGCCUAUACUGAAAUAUCAUUUAAAUUCAUUUUAUCUAAAAUUUCUUAAACCAAUGUAUGGAUAUAAAGGUCGGGAUGCAGAGGUCUAUCAACCUGCUUUCAAAACACAUAUAUGUAUGCUUUCCAAUGGACAUUUCAUUUAAGUUUUAUCAUAGCAACAUUUAAGAAUUUCUGUUUUUUUUUCUAUCUGAUACUUCCCUCGUAAACACAAUGGUACAUAACUGUAUGUACUGUGUGGAUGCUAACAGAAACUGCCUCGUGUACAGAAUAACAUUGUCAUAAUUACCUUUGGUUGUGAAUCGGCCUAGCAGGAACAUCGAUUGACAAUGAGAGAGCAUACUACAUCCUCAUUGUCAAUCUUUAUCGCUGUUAUAUAAGGUUACAAUUUCCGGAGUAAAAUGCUCCAGGAAUUUAAAUACUAGCAUUCACAGAUAAAACUCGUUCAAUUUCACCUAUGUAAUAUGAUUGGAUCAGACAAGCAGAUCUAUUUUUGCUCCGAAGUAAUGAUUGUUAUCGUUGAAUACUGUUCUAAUCAGUUUUGUAAUACUUAUCAGUAUUGUAGUACUUAUUAGUAUUGUUGUACUAAUUAGUACUAGAGUAAUUGUCAGUGUUGUAGUACUAAUAUGUAUUGUAGUACUAAUAUGUAUUGUAGUACUAAUAUGUAUU